UGUUUAAAUGAUCGUCACCAGCCGUCGCGCUCUCACCCUCCAUGUUGAUCUUGCUUCAACCUUCAUUCUCCUCUAGUGGUGGUUCAUUCAUCACUGCCUGAAGGUCUUGCCAUGAAGAAAAAGGAGAUGGCUUCCCAGGCGGUUGAUGGGAGCAACAGCGCUCUUCAGAGCGACGAUAAUCGGAGUUCUGAAAUGUUAAAUGAGGAAGAGAAUGCGCAGUUGAGCAGGAAUAUGCCGAGGCAAAGCAGCAGAAUGUCCGCUCUGGAUGUCAACAUUCCCGUGACGUUGACAUGGAAGGACCUGGAAAUAUUCGUCAAGGAACCUAACACGGAAAGUUAUCUGUCCCGCUGCUGCGUGAAGAAAGCCGACAAGACAGAAAAGAAACCACAAUCCGAUGUCGGCAACGUCAACGAACAGCCUAGGGAAGAGCCUGCUUACUCGAGCGGAAAAACUCCAUUUCCUCGCCCCACUAACGAGACAGGUAGCAUCAACUCGGAGGACGCGCCCCAAACAGGGAACAGAACGCAGAACAGUCUCUCGCCGCAGAACAGCGCACAGAAGAUGGCGCCGGCAUCAGACUGGGCAUCUGCACAUGGAGGCCGAGGUUGGAAGAGUUCGGCCGUCGAGCCCGGUGACGUGACGAACAGCAACAUCGCGGACUCCGCCAACAGGUGCCCGCCGGGCAUGAAGCAGAUCGUGUUCGGGGUCAACGGGAUCGUUAAGGGGGGCACGAUGCUGGCCGUCAUGGGGGCCAGCGGUGCCGGAAAGUCCACGCUGAUGAACGUCCUGGCCAUGCGCAACCUCAAAAACUACACCAUGAGGGGUGAGGUCAGGGUCAACGGCUUCGCUGUCACCAAUGAAAUCCGCAACAUCUCAGCCUAUGUCCAGCAGGACGACCUGUUCAUCGGGACCUUGACUGUUCGCGAAACUCUGAUGUUCAGGGCUUACCUGAGGUUGGACCAGCGCUUGACCGCGCAAGAGCUAUCCGAAAAAGUGGACGAAGUGCUGUUGGAGAUGGGGCUCCUUAAUUGCAUGAACGCAUAUGUGGGUGUGCCUGGGUCCAAUAAGAGUAUUUCCGGAGGAGAGGCCAAGCGGCUGUCCUUCGCCUGCGAGAUGCUGACCAACCCUCCCAUCAUGUUCUGUGACGAGCCCACCUCCGGCCUGGACAGCUUCAUGGCCAGGACCAUCGUGCGCACCAUGCAGCGUCUGGUCUUUCUGCAUCACAUAGUCAUCUGCACCAUCCACCAGCCAUCGUCAGAGGUCUUUGCCUUGUUUGACAAGGUGCUGCUUAUGGCAGGAGGGCGAGUAGCUUUCAUGGGGACGUCUGUGCGGGCCAUGGAGUUCUUCAACACUUUGGGCCAUGUCUGUCCGUCCAACUACAACCCGGCUGACUUCUUCAUCCUCACGCUGGCUAUCGCACCAGAGGAAGAACAAUCCUCCCGCAGGCGCGUGGCGGUGAUCUGCGACGCCUACGAGAAGACCCCAGAGGCAGCUCUGAUGCGCAAGCCAUUGGACCAGAACCUGACGACGAGCGAUGAACUACGCAGCAAGCUGUUUUCUCGCUCCAGAAAGUACCAGGCGGGCUGGAUCAAGCAGCUGGGGGUGGUGUUAUGGCGCAGCUGGAUCUCACUUAGUCGGGAGGUGUGGGUGGUUCGCGUGCGCAUCGUCACUGGCCUGCUCGUCUCGUUCGUCAUCGGCCUCAUCUUCCUGGACCUGAAGUACGACCAGAAGGGCGUCAUGAACAUCGGCGGCGCCACCUUCUCAUUGCUUCUUGUUGUCUCCUUCAACAACCUCUUCAGUGUGCUGCACACCUUCCCUCCAGAGAUCCCCCUCUUCCUGCGCGACCACGGCAGCAAUCUGUACCGCUGCGACGUCUACUACCUGUCCAAGAGCCUCGCCGAGCUGCCCAUGCUUAUAAUGGUUCCAGCUCUAGUGGUCAGCAUCGCCUACUGGAUGAUCGGCCUGGAAGACGACGUCGGCACCUUCUUUCUUGCCGUCAUCUACUUCAUCCUUGCCGGCAACGUAGCCGUCGCCUUUGGGCACAUCGUCGCUACCGUUUGCGCUGAUGAGGGCGUCGCCGUGGCCUUGGCCCCGCCCCUAAUGACUCCAGCCAUGAUGAUGGGCGGCUUCUUUCUGAACUCUGACUCGAUCCGCUGGUACUUAAUCUGGAUUAAAUACUUGUCCUGGUUCCAUUACGGCAAUGAGCUGGUGACCGUCAACCAGUGGAAGGAUGUGGAACACAUCCAAUGCGACGAGCCAGGCUAUCGUUACGGAAACGUCACCCUCCACAUAAACACCUGCAUGUUCCGCACCGGCCAGGACAUCAUUGACCAUCUGGGUUUCAGCGAAGACGACCUCGAUUUUGAUAUCGCAAUGCUUUUUAUUCUCUGGAUAGCUUUCCGGCUGCUGGCUUAUACAUUUUUAUUUUUACGUGCAAAACUAAUUUCGCAGUAGACUGGGCUUUAUUUCUAGACAGAUUCGCGAUGGUUCUAUCUGCGGAUAUAAAAUAAUCUUGAGGCAGCCAUUUUUUAAAGAGACAGAUAAUAUUCGCUCUAUAUUAAAGAGUGUUACCGUUAAGAAAAGAAAAAUCGAAAUAAAAGAAAGAACCGGAGAAAAUGUUGCAAAUUCACGAGAACAAUCACGUGAGAUGGACAGAGGAUCGUCGUUAAGUACACCACUCAUCGCUAGUUACAGUCUCAAAGUGUUACGUCAUGCACGCCGCCAUGUUUGUAAAGGCGAUGCGUGUACACUACUGUUGACCGAUGAGAGCUAUCAUCAUCUACCUCCAAACCACCACAGUACUUCUCAACUGAGCAACAUAGCGAAGUUUCUAAAUGGUGAAUUUUUUUUUAAGUGAAUCGCUUUUGUAUUUACGCGCAAAUGAUGUACAUCACGAAAUAAAAGUGUCUAAAGGUG